CCCGGGCUGCCUGACUCAGCGCUUUAUCAGGGGCUGAGCGGCAAAAUGCGGCUCUGGUCCAGCGCAGCCCGUGCGUGGGGUUUGUGUCCCUGAAGGGCUCGGCUGAUCCCUGAUCCCUCCCUGCCCGGCAGAGCAGAGCUUCCAGCGGCAGCACGGCCACUCACUGCUUAAGAAGGCUCCCAAAAGGAUGGCAUCCCUGAUGGAGCUGAAGGAGAUCUUCCGCAGCGCCGACGCCGUCUGCUUCGACGUGGACAGCACGGUCAUCAGGGAGGAGGGCAUCGACGAGCUGGCCAAGUUCUGCGGGGUUGGGGACGCUGUGGCAGAGAUGACCCGCAGGGCGAUGGGUGGCACGGUGACAUUCAAGGCAGCUCUCACAGCACGGUUAGGUCUCAUCCGGCCCUCCUAUGAACAAGUGCAGAAAUUAAUAUCUGACAACCCACCUCAGCUAACUCCAGGAAUAAGGGAGCUGGUGAGCAGACUCCACCAACGAGGGGUUCAGGUGUUCCUGGUCUCUGGGGGGUUUCAGAGCAUUGUGGAACACGUGGCUUUGCAGCUGAACAUUCCCACAGCAAACGUCUUCGCCAACAGGCUCAAGUUUUACUUCAACGGAGAAUAUGCAGGAUUUGAUGAAACACAACCAACAGCUGAAUCAGGGGGGAAAGGAAAAGUUAUCACUCAUCUGAAAGAACAGUUCCAUUUCAAAAAAGUGGUUAUGAUUGGAGAUGGAGCUACAGACAUGGAAGCCUGCCCCCCUGGAGAUUGCUUCAUUGGAUUUGGAGGCAAUGUAGUCAGAAAGCAAGUAAAGGAGAAAGCAAAAUGGUACAUCACCCACUUUGAUGAAUUGCUAAAGGAGCUGGAAGAGCGAUAAACCCUCCUGUAAAAUAAUCUAUUUAACACCUGUAAAUCCAUUAUACAAUGCCAUUAAACAUUUAUUUGUUUGCAAA